UCAUUACGAUCAUCCCCGUACCAACUCCUCACUUUUCUUCUCUCUCCUCGGAUCCAUCGAUCCAACCGCACCAACCCAUCCCCGCCUGCAUCAUCAUCACCACCCCACCAUCGUCUCUCUCUCUCGUCGCAGUUGAAUCCCUCUCAGAAAGUGACGAUCUUGCACAACCUUCUUGAUCCAUGGAGGCGGGAUCUCCUCCGGCCGCGCCUGCCGACCCAUUCGAUGAGUUCUUUCCCCAGCAGCACGGCUGCGGCUCCGACGCCGACGACGCCUCGCCCUCCGUCUCCAACUAUUCAUCCUGCGACGGUGAGGACUCGGAGCUCGAGCGGUACUGCAGCGCCAAUUCGGCGCUCGGCAGCGCCAGCCUCUGCAGCUCCGUCGGGAACUACGCCGACCUGCUCGAUUUCUCUGACGUAUGUGGCGCGAUAGAGAAUUCCCAGAGGGGUCGGCUCGGUGGGGACAUCGCUGCUUCUUGGGAUCGCUUCAAUCGGUACUCGGAGGAGGGCGCCGUUACGUCGCCGAGAGAAAAUUGUUCUUCCCCGUCCCAGCAUCUGCUGGCUUUGUCGGAUCGGAUGGGUUCAUUGCCCAGAAUCAGCACCGGGUCCAGGUUGCGUCCUGCAUCUGUCGACCGUCCGGGUGAAAGCACGCAGCUAAGGGUAGUUGAGGACCAGCAGGAAGCAGUGCCGUGUAAUGGGAAAGAAGUAGACUUCUUGGAUCGAGAUGUGAUCUCCAUGGGACGUGAUGACGGAUAUUCUGACCAAAGUUCUUUGCUUUGUGCGAUGGCUGGUGCUGAAGAGGUUGGUUCUUUGGGGAAUUUAGGCUCUUCCUCUCGUGAUGUGAUGAUGGCAUCAGAUGAGGAUAGACCCUCCAGAUGUGAACAUUCGGACGGUGAGGACUCGAUGCUUGAAUAUGGCACAGAUUGUGAGAAUGCAAAUGGUCUGAGUGAAAACUUGCGGUGCAUCGAUGAGACUAAACAUGACAAACUUAACCCACUUCUAAUGAACUCAUCUGUAGCUUACGGUUCUGAUGAUUUGGAUGAGCUUAUGCGAGAAAAUGGUGGACUUGGUUUACAAUCUCUGUCACUUUACCAAGAUCAACCUAAUUUCCAGCAAACUGUACCUGCAAAAGGUGAUGGACAUCUUCCAUUACUAUCCAACAGUCAUGUUAUUGAUCCUCUUCAUGAUGUAGAGAAAGAUGAGGAUGCCGUGGAUGUAUCAGCAGUGAACCAUAAGUUCCAAGUUACCGAUCAACCUAACUCUGAACUUUCACACAAGGGUAAGUUUCAUCCUGGAGAAUAUACUUUAGAAGAUCAGAUCAAGUCUAUGUACAAAGGUCUGAAAGGAGAUUUCUAUUCAAUAAGUGAUGGGAUUGCUGCAGAUGUUCAUGUGGAUGAAGCUCCAGAAAGACAGGUGUUUGGUGAGCCAGCUUCUGCUGACAAUGAUACUGUCAUAAAGAUUUCUUCCAUUUCAGUUGGAACAUCUCGACAUGAAAAAUGUUUUGGUCAAGACUAUGAUAAGCCAAGUUUGCUACUGCCAGUGGUCCACAGUGGCCAGAGUUCAAGUUUCCAGAUAGAGUUGGACGGGAGUUUAAAUUUUACGGAUUUAUCAGAAGAAAAUAUUGUAACUGAUGAGAUUCAGAAACAGGAUUCUGGUGAUGUAUAUGAUGAAAUGGUUCUAGAGAUGGAGGAAAUUUUGUUAGAUACAGGAAGUGGAACCAGGCCUGUGGCCAACCAUCAGUAUUUAAAUCAUCAGUCUCAUCAUUUCAGAGAUGGGAGCUCUACCGCUUCUACUUCUGUCACAGAUGAUAUUAAUCCACCUCCUCAAUUCCCUUCCAGUAUUGAUUGGGUUGAGGUCAUUGGAGCAAAACAGAAAAUAGGAGAUGUUUCUUUUGGGGAAAGAUUGGUUGGUGUCAAGCAAUAUACUGUGUACAUAUUAAGAGUGUGGAGCGCUAAGGAUCAAUGGGAGGUUGAACGACGCUAUCGCAAUUUCUUUGCACUUUACCAGCAGCUAAAAACUCUGUUUUCUGACCAUGAUUUAAGUCUUCCUUCUCAAUGGUCCUUUGUUGAGAGAGAAUCCAUGAAAAUAUUUGGAAAUGCUUCACCAAUUGUUGUCAGCAAUAGAAGUGCUCUUAUUCAAGAGUGUUUACGCUCAGUUCUUAAUUCCAGAUAUCCUUUUGGAUUUCCUAGCCCUCUACUUUGUUUUUUAUCCCCAGGCAAGGUGGCUAUUAACUCUAAUUUGUUGAAAGCUCUAGUUCCUCAAUCGUUCAUAAAGUUUGGGGAGGGUUGGAAUUCAAAAUUUUCAACUUAUAAGGAGUCUCCAGAAAAUAUUUCUGAAUUAGGGAAGACAAUACCACUAAUCGUUAGCAUAAAGCCUCAAAAGUCUAUGCAAAAGUUGUUGGAAUUACAACACUAUACUUGUGCAGGAUGCCACAAACAUUUGGAUGCUGGAAAGACAUUGUUGAGGGAUCUUGUUCAGACAUUAGGUUGGAAAAGGCCACGGUUUUGUGAGUACAGUGGCCAGUUAUUUUGUGCAACAUGCCAUACAAAUGAUACUUCGGUUCUGCCAGCAAAAAUCUUGCAUCUUUGGGAUUUUUCUCUUUAUCCAGUUUCUCAGCUAGCAAAAGCAUAUUUGGAUUCCAUUUAUGACCAGCCAAUGCUAUGUGUGAGUGCAAUCAACCCCUUUCUGUUCUCCAAAGUGCCAGCUUUGCUUCAUGUUAUGGGAAUCAGGAAGAACAUAGGUGCCAUGUUCCCUUAUAUUCGCUGCCCUUUUCGAAUCUCAAUUCAGAGAGGCUUUAGAUCUCGUUGUCAUCUUCUUGAAAGCAAUGAUUUUUUUGCACUUCGAGAUCUUGUUGAUCUAUCAAAAGGGGCAUUUGCAGCACUCCCUGUCAUGUUAGAAACUGUUUCGAAUAAGAUCCUGGAGCACAUAACGCAACAGUGCCUUGUGUGCUAUGACACUGGUGUUCCUUGUGCCGCCCGUCAAAUCUGUGAUGAGCCAUUGUCUCUUAUAUUUCCCUUUCAGGAAGCUGAAGCUGCAAGAUGUAAUUCGUGUGGGUCCAUCUUCCACCAGCCUUGUUUCGUGAAGAUGAUCAGCUGCACUUGUGGCAAAUCAACCAAUGCAGUCGAGAAUUUGGAUAUCCGAGGUCAUGUAGAAAGUGAGAAGCCAUUGGCUGUGCUCGCCCAACCUUCAAAGUCUAGUCCAACUUUGGGUUUGUUUUCUAAUAUUCUGUUGAAGGCAAGUCCAGACUUAAUAUGGAGGCCUAAAGACAGAAGCCCUGCAAUUUUCAUGGGCUCUUUAUCUUUAUCAAACACUUCAUUGUAUUGACAGCAGUGUAUUCUUUUUACUGCUCGAGUAGUCGAGUGUUCAAGAUGUAAAUAGGCUUAAUGUAUUCUUUGUAAAGUGUAACUAAAUAACAACAUGAAGCCAUGUAAAAGUUUUUGUUGCAUCUAUUGGAUUCUUGGGAAUACUCCUGUUUAAAAGCCA